GCGGAAUGCCCAACCCCCUUCACUGUCUGACUGUUUGUCCUGUUGGCACCCUUUUCAUGGGUGUCAAACCAGUCCCAUCACGAGACGGAAAACUUACGUCAACAUUCAUUCCUCGUUUCUUGCUAGAUUUAUGACCUAGCAUCACCAAGCAUACCGCAAAGAAAGUUAAGGCUGGAAAGGAAUCGUUCGGCACGACCCCCCAGGUAUAUAUCGAGUAUAGGUUUGCCCAUUCACGCGUUUUCCGCGUUUGUUCCUGCAUCAUUACGCACCGUUUCAUAUUUGCCUCCUGCAGCUCAUCUGCAAGGCACGCUUGCUUUGAAUUCUCACAUCUUUUCCCUUCCUUGCCGCGACGAUUUGCUCGCCCUCUUUCCCAGCGACCCGGUCAAUACCGACCCGACACAACACACGUGAAAGACAUCAUUCGUGACAUCUUUACUACGACACCACUUCAGACUUCCCGAUGCGGCCGAUUAUCGACAAAGACCCUAAGGUCGACCUAGAUCAGCUCUUUGAAGACCAUGUCGAGACAGACCUUCUCCAGAAAUUCAGCGACAACGCAAUGGAACCAUCUAGCCCAGACAAUUUGGCGCAUCUCUUUGAGCUCCCUUCGUCAAAUGACAGCUUCCUGACCGAGGACUCAAAUCUGCCCGAUUGGGAUCGUGGCUUUCCGGAAGCUUGGCACAAGGCUCCGUGGGACUUCAAAGAAAACCCAGCCUCGCCCAUCAUGCCAGACGUUUCCUUCUCCAUCUACCCUGAAUCUCGCGGAAAGGCUUCUGUGAGCGAUCCUGGACUGUUCAAGUUUGAUGAUUCUUUCGAAUUGGAUAGCUUUGAAAGACGACUCUCACUUUCAACCCCGCCUUCUCCGAAACCACAAUUCGCAAGGCCAGCGCAGAAGGCUACGCCAACUCCAGAUCAAUCAGUCCGAUACGGUGUUCACAAAUUAAGGAGGAAGCCGAAUUUUCCGAUGAGUAUGAUGCAACCGUCACACUAUCGUACUGGCGUCCAGGAUAUCUGGACCCGAAAGCUUGAAGGUCCAUCCGAGAGCUUCAAUCUACGACUCCCACCCAAUGUUCUCCCCAGCUCGCCACCACUGUCUACAAAACCCGAGCAGAACAGGAAUGGAAGUGGAUUCUACCCACGAGACCGGCCUUACAUGGCUGCCAUGUCAUCGCUCCCAACCUCGGACACAACCUCGCUGCACAACCCCAACUACCAGCUAACGCCUCUAUCCUCCCCUGCCAUUGACACCAGUUCCUGCCAAAACAGCGCCGGGAAUCCUUUCCAGUUCUCCGAAUCUAACGAAAAUAUGGCAACAGGGUACAUUUCGCACAAUCGCCAGAUGAGCAACGAGGCUCUUUCAGCCUUACAUACCCCGCCGUCUCACCGCCUCGUCGCAACGUGGGGUCCCGAUACGCCAGUCAAUCUAAAUCUCUCGUUCCCAGGCUCGCCAGAAUUCCAUACGCCGAAUCCCGGAAAGACGUGGUGGAGUAAUGAGCCUGCUCAGCCUGGCUCCGUUGAUGCGGGUUAUCAUGCUUCGCAACAACAUUCGUGUGCGCAGAACCAGAAUGCAUUUAGUACGGCAUCGGCCGUUGGGCUGGGUAUUACCUGCGACACAGCAUCUUUUACCUUCAGCGAUGACGCGGAUGCUGUGAAUGGACAUAGUCAGUCCGCGAACGGCAAUGGUAGCUUCUCAGUUUCAGCCUCAGCCUCGUCAUUCGAAACAAACACACACGCACACAUGCAAGGCUACACCCCCAUAUACCCCCCAUCACCCCCACUCAUCUUUCACGGCCUUUCAAAUACUCUCCCCCAAACAACGCCCCAAUCUCGCACCCCAUCCCCCACAUCUCCCUCCCAGCCCCAACCCCACUUCACGCGCACCCGCGCUUCAACCUACCACCACCGGCAAGCUUCUCAUACCCAGUCCCAUUCUAACUCCUUCUCGCAACCCCAAUCCCACCGCCGGAAAUCCUCCAACUCCUCUUCCACCCACAACCCCUCCUCUCAAACCAAACUCUCCACCGUCGGCUUUGUAAACUUCACGCCCUCAGAUAGCCAGAAGAUCUUAACAGGUGUUGCACCGAGCGGAAGCAGUAAGACUAAAGCUAGACGCGAGAAAGAAGCUGCAGAGAAGAGACGCAAGUUUAGUCAGGCGGCUGUGAAAGCGGUGAUUGAGGCUGGGGGUGAUUUGGGACGGUUGGAGAGGGAGGGGCUGUUGUGUUUGGACGUGGGGAUGGGGGAUGGGGAUGGGGAUGGGGAUGGGGAGGGUGGGAUUUGUUAGGUUUUGAGUCCUUGGAUCUAGUUCUAGUAUGACUCCCUGAUGGCUAUGCGUAAUUGUGUGUGGUCCCGUUAGGUUGAGUUGCCUGGGUUGUGUUGAUGCGCUUACUACCUCCUUUACCUCUGUGUAUAUUGGAGAGUAGAUGAUGAGAAGUAGAAUAUAGGUGUGGUAGAUGGUGAGUAGCAAGUUCUUAUACUGAUUCCGGCUCAGUUUUCUUUGGUCUAGAUCUUAUCUUUGGCGUUGUGGGGUUCCUUGGUCAGGUAAUUGAUAGGAGAAAGUGUGCACCAGGCUGCUGGGUGUUGUACUAGGUUCUGCAUCUUUUCGGGGAUGUAAUGAGUCUAUAGUACGAUAGGUACAUAGCAAAACAUCGUCCACAGGUUUAAAAGA